AUGCAGAAAAGAAACAUUUGCCUUACGUACUGGUUACUGUUGCAUCUCCUACUUUUAGAAUAUGGCAUAACCUCCAUUAGUGGGAGCACACCUAGCCCAACUUCCAGUGAACCCACCACAGCCAACACUGGAUCCAGCACAACCUCCAGUGGGACUAGUCCAGCCUCCAGAACUAAAUUCAGCACGACCUAUGGUGGUACCAGCACAGUCACCAACUCUGGAUCCCAAGUGACCUCCAGUGGAUCCAGCACAACCUCCAAUACUGGAUCCAGCGUGACCUCUGGAGGGACCAGCGCAACCUCCAAUACUGGAUCCAGCGUGACCUCUGGAGGGACCAGCGCAACCUCCAAUACUGGAUCCAGCCUGACCUCUGGAGGGACCAGCACACCUGUCAACACUGGAUCCAGCGCAACCUCCAGUGAGCCUACGACAGCCUCCAGCACUACAUCCAGCAUGACCUAUGGUGGUACCAGCACAGCCACCAACUCUGGAUCCCAAGUGACCUCCAGUGGAUCCAGCACAACCUCCAAUACUGAAACCAGCAUGACCUCUGGAGGGACCAGCACAACCUCCAAUACUGGAUCCAGCAUGACCUCUGGAGGGACCAGCACAACUUCCAUUACUGGAUCCAGCGUGACCUCUGGAGGGACCAGCGCAACCUCCAAUACUGGAUCCAGCCUGACCUCUGGAGGGACCAGCGCAACCUCCAAUACUGGAUCCAGCCUGACCUCUGGAGGGACCAGUGCAACCUCCAAUACUGGAUCCAGCCUGACCUCUGGAGGGACCAGCACACCUGCCAAUAUUGGUUCCAGUAUGACCUCCAGUGAGACCAGCAUAACCUCCAGUAAUGGAUCCAGCACAACCUCCAGUGGGACCACCACGGCCUCCAACACUGGAUCCAGUGCAACCACAGGAGGCUCUGGUACACCUUUGACAACUGGAACAAACACAACUUCCAACACAACUAGCACAAGUGCUGGAACUCCAGUGGCUCCAGAGAAGCCCAUUGGGUCCCUGAAGCCAUGGGAAAUCUUCCUCAUCAUUCUGGUCUCAGUUGUAGUGGCUGUGGGAUUCUUUGUUGGGGUCUACUUCUGUGUGGUGAGAGCCUAA